AUGUGGGCUGCUGGCCUGUCAUGCCAUGUCUUGUCCGCGAGCAUCAGUCGCCGCUGCCGACCGGCUGGGAUUCUGAGCGUAUCCCGGGCGGUGCACCAGGCAGCAACGGCUGGGUAUGAUGGCGAUGCCGAGAGUGGCGGAAAGAGCAAGGCAGAUCUCUACGACCAGCGCCGGCCUGGAUAUGAUGCAGCUGUGGUCGAAGAGCUGGUGGAGCAGCUGCAUUUGGCGCACACCCGCAUGGGCACAGCUGGGCCUGCGGCUGUCAUCGAGCUCGGAGCCGGCACCGGCAAGUUUUCCCAAUCCCUCGCUCAGAGGAUCUUGGCGGACGAACAUGGCCGUGACCUUGUGUUCGUGGCCUCCGAACCCGUGGCAGGCAUGCGAGACGUCCUGAAGGGGAAGCUACCAGAGUCCCCGCGAGUUGUGGUCGCGCCAGGCACGGCCGACGACCUGCGCGACGCACAGGAGGCCGCUGCAAGUGCAAGGGUGGGCGGUCCUCCUCCUGUCUGUGGUAUCGUCUCGGCCCAGGCCUUUCACUGGUUUGCGAACGAUGCAACCCUGAAAGAGCUGUCGAGAGUUGUGGCUCCUGGGGGAAUCCUUGGCAUGGUCUGGAACAACCGCGACACCCGCUUGGAGUGGAUUCGAGAGCUUGAGGAGCUAGUGUCGCCCCUGUACCCGCCAGAAGUACCGAGGCAGCAGCAUGGGGAUUUCAUGCAGCCCUUUCUUGGUGAGGCACCCGGCGCCAAAGACUUUGCGCCCAUGGGGGUGUUUUGCUCCUCCACUGAGCAGCGGGGCGGCAUAGAAAUGGUGGUCGGCCGUGUACUCAGUCUGUCGGUUGUCGCUAACCGCCCGACGACCGAGCAGAAUGAGAUUGCCGAGAGAUGCCGCGCAAUCGUGCGUGCGCACCUGGCGAACGUAGAUGACAUCACCCUGCCAUACGUGACACAUGCCUUUUUCUUCGUGAAGCGGCCCGCCGCAGUCAGCGCGCAGCAGGCGCGUGCUGCAUUCGCCGAGGAAGAGCAGUGGAAACUCUUGGGGAAAGACCCGGUGGCUGCACAGACAGAAGGGUGGCGGCCCAUUCCUUAUGCAAGCAACGCGCGGUCCCCCGAAGGCUUGAUUUGGCAAGCUCUGGGACUGGGAAGCUGA